GCGACAGCGCGAGAAGAGGCGGGAGGGGGGGGAAAGGGCGAGAGGAGGCGAUAAGUGCGCGUGCGCACUGCGGGCUGGGUUGCAGCAGGCAGCGGCGGCGGCGGUUGAGCUCGCGGGCGGUUUCCAUAACAUCUGUUCCACCAUGGCUGAUGACCUAGACUUCGAGACCGGCGAUGCCGGGGCCUCCGCAACCUUCCCCAUGCAGUGCUCCGCUCUCCGCAAGAACGGCUUUGUGGUGCUCAAAGGGCGUCCCUGCAAGAUUGUGGAGAUGUCCACUUCCAAGACCGGCAAGCACGGUCAUGCCAAAGUGCACCUUGUUGGCAUAGACAUCUUCACUGGGAAAAAAUAUGAAGAUAUCUGCCCUUCCACCCACAACAUGGAUGUGCCCAACAUUAAGAGAAAUGACUUCCAGCUUAUUGGGAUCCAGGAUGGGUACCUCUCCCUGCUCCAGGACAGCGGGGAAGUCCGGGAGGAUCUACGCCUUCCCGAGGGAGACCUGGGCAAGGAGAUUGAACAGAAAUAUGACUGUGGCGAAGAAAUCCUGAUCACCGUACUGUCUGCAAUGACCGAGGAAGCUGCAGUUGCUAUCAAGGCCAUGGCUAAAUAAAGGAACCACAGGGCAGCAGUUUCAACUUGUUAUGAACCAGAGAGGAUCGCAACCCGCAGACUGUCAGAUUUGGCUCCAAACCACCCAAAUCUCUCUUUUUUUUUCUCUCCCCCCCCCUCUAAAAAGCAGAAAAGGACAAAACAGCAAAACCCUCCCACACCCACUCAAUCCCUUUUGAAUUAAAACAAAAGAAAAGAAACUUUUUUGUGGUCUUUUUAAAGCAGAAAAGCUGGACGCUUAAUUGUAUUCCUUUUGUUAUUAUUUCACUUGUUUUGGUCCCCCUCUCACCCUGGUCCUCCCAGUCCCCCUCCCCUCUCUCGGGUGCUAGUAACACUACAGUUGUUUUCUGGCAAGAGAAGUUGAGAAUUUGCACUUAAAAAAAGGAA